UUCUUGCUGCCAGAUUUUCCUGCUUGAAAAUAAUGAUUUCCUUGCAGUGCUUUUGCUACUGAACUGUGUUUUGGGAGUCUGAAGAGGGUGUUUGCUGGGCUGCUGAAGGACAGCAUUGAACCUCUGCUGUUGUGUUCUCCCAGAAACAUGCAACAUGGCAGCAGCCAUGGAAACUGAACAGCCGGGCCUUGAAAUCUUCGAAACUGCAGGUCCUGAGGAGCAGGUGCAGAGAGAGGAGCAGCCCAAACUGGAACCUUUCUAUGUGGAGAGGCACUCAUGGAGCCAGCUUCGGAAACUGCUCACCGACACGCGCAAGUACCAUGGGUACAUGAUGGCAAAAGCUCCUCACGACUUCACGUUUGUGAAGAAAAAUGACCCUGAAGGACCUCAUUCAGAUAGGAUCUACUAUCUGGCAAUGUCUGGGGAGAACAGGGAGAACACGCUCUUCUACUCUGAAAUUCCCAAAACCAUAAACAAAGCUGCUAUCCUGCUGCUUUCCUGGAAGCCUCUUUUGGAUCUUUUUCCGGCUGUCCUGGACUAUGGGAUGUACUCUCGAGAGGAGGAAUUGCUGCGGGAGCGGAAGCGAAUCGGCACCGUCGGGAUCGCAUCGUAUGAUUACCACCGAGAAAGCGGGACCUUCCUCUUUCAGGCUGGGAGUGGAAUUUAUCAUGUAAAAGAUGGAGGCCCUCAUGGAUUUACUCAACAGCCCUUAAGACCUAUUCUGGUGGAGACCAGUUGUCCAAACAUCCGGAUGGAUCCCAAGCUCUGUCCAGCUGAUCCAAAUUGGAUUGCAUUUAUCCAUAGUAAUGACAUCUGGAUAUCUAAUAUAGAAACCAGAGAAGAAAGGAGGCUAACGUUUGUGCAUAAUGAGUUGGCCAAUGUGGAGGAGGAUCCCAGAUCUGCUGGUGUGGCUACGUUUGUGCUGCAGGAGGAGUUUGACAGAUACACUGGCUACUGGUGGAGCCCAAGGGCACAGCCAGCACUGAAUGGGAGCAAAAUUCUUCAAAUUCUAUAUGAAGAAAAUGAUGAGUCAGAAGUGGAAAUUAUUCACGUCACAUCGCCCAUGUUGGAGACGAGAAGAACAGAUUCCUUUCGGUACCCCAAAACCGGUACAGCGAAUCCAAAGGUCACUUUCAAGAUAUCUGAAGUGACAAUCAACGCAGAAGGAAGAAUUGCAGGUGUUGUGGACAAAGAGCUAGUUCAGCCGUUCGAGAUCCUCUUUGAAGGAGUAGAGUACAUUGCUAGAGCUGGGUGGACGCCAGAAGGAAAAUACAUCUGGUCCAUCUUACUGGAUCGCUCCCAAACACGACUUCAGAUAGUCUUGAUCCCUCCUGCAUUAUUCAUCCCUAUAGAAGAUGAUGCAAUGGAAAGACAGAAGCUUAUUGAUGCUGUACCAGAUUCUGUUACACCUUUCAUUAUUUAUGAAGAAACAACAGACAUCUGGAUAAAUAUCCAUGAUAUAUUCCAUGUUUUCCCUCAAGCCCAUGAAGAUGAGGUGGAGUUCAUUUUUGCCUCGGAGUGCAAGACAGGAUUCCGGCACCUCUACAAAAUCACCUCAGUUUUGAAGGAGAGCAAGUAUAAACGGUCGUGUGGAGGCCUCCCUGCUCCAAGUGACUUCAAAUGCCCUAUCAAAGAGGAGAUGGCGAUUACCAGUGGGGAAUGGGAAGUGCUUGGCAGACAUGGGUCCAACAUCUAUGUAGAUGAAGUAAAAAAACUGGUAUAUUUUCAAGGCACAAAGGACUCACCUUUAGAGCAUCACUUGUAUGUCGUUAAUUACGAGCACCCCGGAGAAGUAAAGCGACUAACGGAACGUGGCUACUCCCAUGCCUGCUGUGUCAGCCAGGACUGUGACAUGUUCAUCAGCAAGUACAGCAAUCAGAAGAAUCCACACUGUGUGUCACUUUACCGACUGACAGGAUCUGAAGAUGAUGCAACUCAUAGGACAAAGGAAUUUUGGGCUACCAUUUUAGAUUCAGCAGGGCCCCUUCCUGAUUACAUCCCCCCAGAAGUGUUCUCCUUCGAGAGCUCCUCGGGCUUUACACUCUACGGGAUGAUGUACAAGCCUCACAAUCUGCAGCCCAGAAAGAAGUACCCCACUGUGCUCUUCAUCUACGGAGGGCCCCAGGUGCAGCUGGUGAACAAUCGGUUUAAGGGAAUCAAGUAUUUCCGUUUGAACACCCUGGCCUCCUUGGGCUACGUUGUUGUUGUCAUUGACAACCGGGGGUCCUGCCACCGAGGACUUAAGUUUGAAGGAGCCUUUAAAUACAAAAUGGGACAAAUAGAAAUUGAUGACCAAGUGGAAGGCCUGCAGUAUUUAGCAUCCCAGUAUGACUUCAUCGAUUUGGACCGAGUUGGCAUUCAUGGCUGGUCCUACGGAGGCUACCUCUCUCUUAUGGCUUUAAUGCAGAGGUCAGAUAUCUUCAGGGUUGCCAUUGCUGGAGCACCAGUCACGCUGUGGAUUUUCUAUGACACUGGUUACACGGAGCGCUACAUGGGCCACCCGGACCACAACGAGCAGGGCUAUUACCUGGGAUCCGUGGCCAUGCAAGCCGAGAAGUUUCCUUCUGAACCAAACCGUUUGCUGCUGCUGCAUGGAUUCUUGGAUGAGAAUGUUCACUUUGCACACACUAGCGUUUUGCUCAGCUUUUUAGUGAGAGCUGGCAAACCAUACGACUUACAGAUCUACCCUCAGGAGAGACACAGUAUAAGGGUCCCCGAGUCGGGCGAGCACUACGAACUCCACCUGCUGUAUUACCUGCAAGAGAAUCUGGGCUCUCACAUUGCUGCCCUGAAGGCAAUGUGAGCGGCCGCUGCGGACUCUUAACCGAGCGCGGGGAAACGGGGAGCUGGAGAAAACAGGACGGGACGUUGCAUUUUGGUGCCUGCCACAUGUACACACAUGUACACAUACACACACACGGAAACACUUCUUUUUUAAAGUAAAUUUGGUGCCAUACAGGAAAUUAAAGUACAGUAACCUAAUAACUUAAAAGCUUAAAAUGUAAAUAAAAUCAAAUGUCUGUGGUAUAAUGCAGUACCAUGGGUGUUCUCUUGCGGGGAGCUGGAACUUAAAGCAACAUGCUUGCACAGCACCAGAGCUUCACUUUUCAAAAGCAUUCUGACCUGUCUGAUGUAUUUUUACAGUGUGUUCCUGAUACCUUACUACAUAAUAAUACCAGAUGACUUUACUCGCUACAUAACAAGAAUUUACCUGAAUGGUUACAACGUAUAUUACAUUUUAAAUGCUAUCAUAUAGCUUUUAUGCUUCUUUAAAGGGAUGUGGCUGGCUUCUUGGAAGCUGGUCACAAGAUAGACACCUAACCUUUCUAGAUCUUGAUUGGUUUUUUAUGAAAAAAACACUUUUAAACUGCCUCCUAAAGAAUUUAAAUUUUAGAUUGAUUCAGUUGAUGACAGGUUUUUGGUUUUUUGUGUUCUCCCCAGGUUAAUUCAUACUACUUUCUUUUUGAUAGCUUUAUAUCCUAUCCUGACUGUACUUGAGCAGAACAAUCUCUGAGAAGCAGGAUAAUCAAAGAGCUGAAACGAUGUAAAUUUUAAAACAAGCGUAAAAGUGCAGCCCGUUUCACACGGACCCCUUUCCCUAGUGUUCAUUCUGGAGCUGUUUGUGCAAUACUGUUUUCUUACUGUCAUGUCAGCAUGAUAUAGGUCUAUGCAUCCUAUUACAAUUUUUAAAUUAAGCAUUUUGAAUCAAAGAUCUGAGGAUUUGAUGGAGAGAGACUUUAGCAACACUACAUGUGAGGCAACGUGAACUUAUUCCAUUAAAUUUCCUGCCUUGUUCUAGGAACCAUUUUGCCCAUUCAUAGUCUGUAGGCUGCCCUGUUCUGGGUCAGUUCUGGCUGUUUUGUGUAGCAUGAUUAUAAUACUGUGUUUGAGCAACUCCUCCUGUACAGCUUAAGGUAACCCUGCUAAGCCUAAGGGACAUGCAAGCACAGUCAUCUUUUGCUAGUGAUGUU